CUGAUCUUCAGUAGCGGGCAGCUAGGCUAUCAAUUCGUAUGGCAAAAGCAUCUAUAAAAAGUACAUAUAUGUGUCUAUAUAUUGUAUUCAAGCAAUCAAAAUUGUCGUCUUAGUUCGCGGUAUUCUCCAUCAACGGAAAUUGAGAAAGUAUUAUAAAUAAAGCCACCAACUCAACCAGCAGAAUGGCUCAGAAAAUGUUCUACAAUAUACUGCUACUGAUAGCGACACUGUUUCUAAUCCCCCUGAACGGUGGAGUAAGGGCGCGACCCUCGCCAGAGGAGAGCAACACAAAAAUGCUCGUGGAUCCCAGUGAAUACAAUGGGAAUCUAUCGGUGGAGACCAUCAGGAAGGUGCAGCAGUGCGAAAUAAAUGGCUCAACCAUGGAGCUGUGCAUGCGCUGUGCCAAAGUCACCAAAUCAGAGAUCAUAUAUCCAAUGUGCUGUAACAACGAUGAUGGCAUCAAGGACUGGUGUCACGCCUAUGUGUAUUACGGCGACGAUGAGGGCUACUAAGCAGGAGCGCUAGCAAAGGAUCACGUGGAUGUGGCGUGAAUUGUGAAUGAACAAAAUCUGAAAAUCUAAUUAUUUUGCACUCCCGCAUGAUGGAUUGGCUGUGAUACUAUGAUGUAUUUAAAUUAAAUUAUAUUUAUUUAGGAAUAAACAAGACAUGGCUAAAUUAGCACAAACAUUCGA